CGGCCGGCCUGGAUUUGCUUAAAUGGAAGAGCCCCGAACAUUCCCCUUCAGCGCUCCAAUGGCAGCUUAAGCACAUGCGCUGAUUUUAAAUCUACGGCAUUGUCAAAUAUCUUGCGCUACAAAGUUUUUGCUUCGUGUUAAUUACCUUACUUGAUUCUCUUCUUUUUUGUCCUUUUUCACAAUCUGAGCGAGACAGCACCUGAACAACGCUCGAUGUCUUUACUUCUGCUUGAUCUGUUGUUGCCACAGUAUGCUUACAAAUGUGACUCUUCAAGAAGAAUUCAACACCUGCUACAAAGCUUUGAUAUUUGAUCAUUCAUUUUUUGUAAGAGUAUUUCUCUGUUGGCAAAAAGCUACGAUAUUUUGUUGCCUGAUAUUACAUUUUUGACAUUUUUUCUCCGAUAUUGUAAAACGGAGUUCGUUGUAAGGCACUGAAUCGCAUAUGCUUAAUAGCGUCCCUUCAAAUCAAGCCCCCUCUGUCUCUUGCACUCUUGCUACGUGUAACUAACGCUUAGUACAUAAUGUGAGCCUCAAGAAGACGAUCGACUGAGCUACAACUCUUAGGAACAUCAGGAUUACGCUCAUAGCUCUAAAAAUCUGUUUGUGACUUUCAGGGUCUUGGGAGGGGAUUUAUUGUUGUGGAUGAUGAUCUGUCAAGAUCUUAUAAAAAAGAUCCUUCCAGUUUUGCUCACGGCAAGUUUUUUUUGGUUGAUGUUCUACAACUUCGAUAUUUCUGUAGUGAGUCUAAGUCGCCCACAAUUGGCACCUCCGAUUGAAAUGCUGGGUCGAUCACUACUUCAUCAAAACAUCUCUGAUCCAACAACUAGAAAAUCCACUCCGUCCAAGUUUUUCAAUCAAUCUGAUUUGACUCAGUUCAUGAUUGACCGUGAAGAGUUGUAUGAAAAAAGACGCAAAAGAAUCCAUCAGGUGUGUCAAACAUAUGGUGAAGCUUUGCAUCGAAGUGAUAAAAAAAUCAUGGAGACUUUGAUGGUGUCGAAGGAGAAUGGCAUUGGAUAUUGCCGUCAUGGGAAAGUAGGAACUUCCACAUGGAUGCAUUACUUCAUGGACAUGGCCGACUCGGAGGAUUUGAAAAAUAAGAUCCACACUGUAUCUGAUCUUCAUCCUGUUAUUUCUAAUUACUUCAAAUUAUCUCCAAGCACCCACCUCAAGACUUACCUAAACGACAACCCCUUACUUUUGGUCACAUUUGUCCGGCAUCCUUUUGAAAGACUUAUCUCAACGUAUGAGAACAAAAUCAAAUACGUUAAGGACAAAGCAUUCUCAAGGAUAAGGAAUAGUAUUGGAAAGGCGUUUGGCGAUUUUAGCUUUCCAUCUUUCAUCAAAUACGUCUUGAAUGAUUUGACCAAGUCAUGUUCCAAAACAUCUUGCCCGGUCAACGUUCAUUGGCGACCUUUCCACGAUCGAUGUGCUUACUGUGAUAUGAACUACGAUGUGAUAGGAACCUUGGACGAGUUUCAAAGUGAUGUUUUUUAUAUCAGCCAACGACUUCAACUCCCUGAGGUGUUCAAUUUAAAGCUCCAUGCCAACGGAGCCCCGCCUCUUGCCAUAACACAAUCUCGUCACGAAAAAUCGCUACAGUAUUUCAAGCAGCUUCAAAAGAAACAAAUCGUAAUUUUGCUACGAAUUUACAGCAUCGAUUUUGAAUUGUUUGGUUAUACAGCAGACGAGUACCUGAAAUAAACACAGACUGAAUAACCAA